AUGGUUACGGAUAUCAAGGGAGUUGGUUAUUGUCUUUGCGACCUUGAAAUACCGUCAGUACAGCAAGUGUAUGUAGAAGACAAUUCUAUUUUCUUCUGCACAGGCAAUCUUUCUACUGUUACAAUCAAAAACUUUAAGUCGGUGUAUCAUUGCAAUAAAUAUUACAACCUCUUGAAACUUAAAAAAUUUUCUGAGUGAGUCAACACAGUCGUACUGCUUAUACCUGGUGGAGGGGGUGCUGUGGCUUCACUCGCAGUUUAGGCGAUAUGCAUCGCCAACUGGUGCAAUGCAGCUUUGUAUUGCUCUUUUCUUGAACCCUGUAGACACCUCCAUGAUUUAUUAGACAGGAAAGGGUAUUAACUUUCUGCUUUCUGUUCUGUUUCUUUCUGUUGUUUUCCUUUCUAUAAGGAACAAUGUUAAAGUUGAGGUUCAGGUUAUGUUACAGGUUGUCUAUCACCAUGUCACGUGGCACAUAAGGUCGGCUCCUGCAUCAUCUUUGUUUGAGGUUCUUUUUCAAGGUUCAUGUUCAAGGCUUAAUUUAUUGCUCGUCAAAAUUGUUAUUGUGUAGCUUAGUAUUCAGAGCAAAUCUUCACAGCACACAUGUUAAAAGCUGCAACUAUCUAUUACUCACAGGUUGCCUUUUACAGAAAGCAUCUGCAAAGCUUCAUUGCAGUCCUGUUUACUAACAUAUCCUGCCACCACCAGAGUCAACAAAUAUGCAAGAAGCCGGCCAUGAUUUCCAUUUAGUUAUAAAAAUGUUAACAGUUUUGGAAAGACAUCUAUGUACAAUUUCUCUUCAAAGUUUCAUACUGUUACUAAAGCUGUGAGUAUGUAAAUUUAUUUCUACCACUGUACUUCAUUUAAAGUUCAAACAUUUAACGAGAGCUUCGACAUACCCAUUUAAUCUUUUUUUUCAACCUGAAGUAAAGGGUUUCAAAUCAUAUAUUCUCCGAUUAAGGACGCACAAUUCUGCCCCUAUGGGAGAAUGACGUAACCAAACUUACAGGUGAGUCAGCAAACAAACUUAUCAAAGUAAUGGUAAGGGAAAAUGAUGAAGUAUUUGACCGUUAACAAACAGACAAUAAUUUCACAAAAGUGCGUUGCAAAAUCAGUUCAAACCUGUACACUGCUCAGCAGAAGGAGUGAGAACACUAAGCCGUUUCCUCUCCUGCAAUAAGAGUCAUACCAAAGAGGUGCUUCCAGCAAACAAAACCUCUGUUACACGUACUAAAUGCGGCCUCACGCAAUUUACUAGUAAAUGCAAGAAAAGAUUUUAUGCAACAGCCGAGUUUACCUCUCAAACAAAAGACACAUUAACCAUAAAUUUGUUUGGGGACUAUACCAUCUCAUUUCAAAGGGUUAUUUAGAUAUAAAAUAUGACAUUUUUAACUCAGUUUGUAAUCCAACCCAGUAUAACUACAGCGGCUAAAAAUUUUGUAGAUCAUCUAGUAGAGGAGCGAACCUGCAGCGAGUGAAUCAAGGCAGCUAUCCUAAUUCAGUAAAUAGAUAUAUUGGCUGCAAAAUUCGAAAUUUGUUUUUUACCACAAUGUGGUUAUCUGAAAGAAAGAACAGUGGAAACAGGAAAUGUUCCUGUUUAGAACCAGGGUAAGUUUAUUGAUAACGACCCUAAAUGUUACACCCUUAGGGUCAAGAAAGGCGUUCACAUAAGACUUUCAUUCCAAUAACAUCAAUAGGGAUAACAGCAUCAAAGUACCUGAAAGCAAGAACGGCCACAAUCAGACAACAAAACAGCUGA